AUGGCCACCCUGAGGAAAGCCCUGUUGACCUUUGCUCUCUGCGGGACUGCUUUGACUUUCCCGUUAGGGAAGAGGACCGCAGAAUUCUUCGAUCCAAGGGAUGGAGGCGGUUCUAUGUUGGAUAACGCUGGUAGUGGUGGGGGUGAACCUCUAAAUGUCAUCAUUUCAGGACUCAGCUCCUUUGAGGUGCUCACGGAUGACGGGCUUCUCAACUAUGCGAGGGCCAUCGGAUUCUCAACUGAAUGCUUCGGAGUUCAUAUUGGGGAUCCUCAGACAGCUAAUCUAGGCGACGGCAACGGCGCCCUUCCCCAGACAGUGGAACUCCGACAGGAUUACGGCGACUCAGAUGUGGGUACUUGCCUCGAGUCCCUUAUUGGGGGCAAUCAUUUCAGAGUCUUCCGUCAGGAUGGACCGAAUGCUAACAGCGGUGCAUUGUUCCUUGCCGUAUCACACGAAGAGAGUGUCGCGGAUUCGCACACCAUAUCUUCCGACGGUUAUAACCAAGGCCGCGACCAGCUGGUUCAAAAUGCAGUAGGACAGACAAGCUUUAAUGGCGUGAAUUAUUCUACCACAAUGCGAACAAUUGAUGGUCUUUUGCCCAUAGGCGCUACCGGCAUCAAUCACGGUAUCGCCAUCGAUGGCUCUGUAACUUUGCUCACCGUUAACAUAGUCUGA